GCGCAUGUUUUGGAGGCAAACGAAAGGCUUCAUAUUUUGAGACGGCUAUAAAAUGUAGUCUAAAAAUGUGAAUGGGAGGAAACGCAACGCAACAUGCAGUGUAAUUACUGAAGGACAUCGAAAUUCUGGAGGAGAGAUGUUGCUUGGAAUGCAGCCACUGAAUGCACACCAUGAGGAGCCACCAGCAGUCUCAUGUAUUGUAUUUUACCGAUUACACCGAAUCAAUGAAGCCAUACGCAUCCAGUGAAUGUUACGCAGAUAAAAAGUACACAUUACAGCGUUACGUUUUCAUUACGCUCUACCCCUCCUGUUGAAGCCUGCACUACGCAAAGAUCAUGUGGCCAAACCCACCGCUCUGAGAUAGGAGACUUGUUUCAGCAGCAGGUCUAUAAAACCCUGCCACUUGGUCACACUGGGUGCCAGACAGACGUACCCAGUGCCCAGAUCUGAGCUUUGAAGAUUAUACAUAUCACACCCUUCAGGACUUAUUAACCAUGUCUCACGGAUGGGGUUAUGGACCUUCUGAUGGACCGGAUACAUGGGUAGAAGGCUUCCCCAUUGCUGAUGGACCCAGGCAGUCACCCAUUGAUGUCAUCCCUGGCCAGGCACCUUAUGACCCCGCUCUGAAGCCCCUUAAACUGAAGUACGACCCUUCCACCUCCUUAGACAUCCUGAACAAUGGCCAUUCCUUCAAUGUGAACUUUGCGGAUGAUGCUGACAAGUCAACCCUGACUGGAGGGCCCAUCACUGGGACGUACAGACUGAAGCAGUUUCACUUCCACUGGGGCGCCAGUGAUGACCGAGGCUCUGAGCACACUGUGGCCGGCUGCAAAUUCCCCUGCGAGCUUCACCUGGUGCACUGGAACACCAAAUAUCCUAGCUUUGGAGAUGCGGCCGGAGAACCCGAUGGCCUGGCUGUGGUUGGAGUCUUCCUGAAGAUUGGUGCUGCCAAUCCCAGCCUGCAGAAGGUUCUGGAUGGACUGGAUUCCAUCAAAUAUAAGGGAAACCAGGCACCGUUCGCAGGGUUCGACCCCAAAAUCCUGCUGCCUGCCUCACUGGAUUACUGGACGUACGAUGGCUCUUUGACCACCCCCCCACUCCUGGAGAGCGUCACCUGGAUUGUCCUCAAGCAGCCAAUCAGUGUCAGCCCUGCUCAGAUGGCAAAGUUCCGCAGCCUGAUGUUCUCUGGCGAGGGAGAAUCCGCUUGCUGCAUGCAAGACAACUACAGACCUCCGCAGCCCCUGAAGGGCAGGAAGGUCCGAGCCUCCUUCAAGUAAACAGCCGACGCACGGCAGGCCACCCUCACCACUGCUCACCCACGCAUCAACAACCACAGUGCCCUAGAAGCAAGCCAGUGCACAUAUUUUAAUUUGCUCCGUAGGUCCGAUGGUCACACAUAGGACAGGAUGUAAAGCACUGAUAUUAUGUAGCUUAUUCCGUUUGCCUUUUUUGGGGUGGGGGUGGGUGUUUGGGAGUGCUGUUAGAUUCAUAGAUAAUGUCUGCAAUAGUGUUUUGGAUUUUUUUGUUUCAGUCUAAGAUAUGUAGCGCUGAAGCUCAAUUUGAUGAUGCGUUAGGCCUACAUUUCUUUGCCUAUAACCUCCACUCUGAAAAUCUGCAAAAAAGUAUUAAACAUUACGAAUGAGGAGCAUUCAAACGACAAGACAUGAAGGCAGGAGACAGACAAAAAGAA